AUGAGAAAAAUUCUGCACCCACAUAAGUUAAUAAAGGAAAAUGGGGAUAUGCUCAGACGUAGGUUCCACGUGGGUGGGUGCGCGCCCAGCGAUAACUUCAACCCCAGCAUGACGUCCUACAUUGAGGGAGCCUACCAGAUAUGGCGUCAGGACAGGAACUCGCUGCACAAGUCGUGGGACCAGUACUUCGCGGAGAUGUGUGCAGAGGCGGGGCCGCUGGGGAGUGCCCCCCCGCACGUGCUGAACAUGAAGGAGGAUGCAGUAGAGAGGGAUGUUAAGAGCAGAAUCGGAGCGAACCUACUCUCCAAGCAAACAAAUCACAAUAUACGAAUAACAUACGUGAACAAUGAAAUGCUUGAUAAAGGCAGGAUGGGCAAUAUUUACGACAUUGCUCGUAUAGUGCAGCUGAUCAGGUGGUACCAGAAGAAGGGUCACCUAUAUGCAAACAUAAAUCCUCUACCUCUACCCAAUACACCACCAUACAGUAGCGUGGUGAAUGAAGCGGAUAAGAGAAAAAUGAGUUACUCCGAUUUUGGGUUCACAAAGGAUGACUUAGAUGCAGAAUUUUCAUUCGACUUACCAUCCAUUACAGGUUUUUCAAGUGAUACAAAAGAGACAAGCACAUUAAGAAGUUUAAUUGAAAGACUGGAACAGACCUAUUGUGGGACAAUCGGUUUUGAAUACAUGCACAUCACAGACGAGAAUAUUGUGAAUUACAUUGUGAAGAGGAUUGAACAGGAUAAGAAAUUUCAGUAUGACCAUAAGGUUAAGAGAAAAAUAUUGGAGAAUACAGCUAGAGCAUUUAUAUUUGAAAAUUACAUGGCUGCAAAAUUUGCAACGACAAAAAGAUUUGGCAUAGAUGGUUGUGAAACAUUAAUUACAGGUAUGAAGGCUCUGAUCACAAGAGCAGCGAAGGUUCAAAUUGAUAGUGUCCUUAUGAGUAUGUCUCACCGAGGUCGCCUCAACGUCCUGUUCAACGUCCUACAUAAACCUCUCGAGCAUAUGAUGUCGGAGUUUAGGGGAAAAACUGGCUUCACAGAUAAUAUAUGGGGUAAUACAGGAGAUGUGAAAUAUCACUUGGGGGUUGAGAUUGAUCACCUAGAUGAAGAAUCUAAUCGGUAUAUCCACAUGGGUAUUGUAGAUAAUUCAUCUCAUUUAGAAUCUGUUGAUCCCAUUUUAAUGGGACAAGCUAGAGCGCAGCAAUAUUAUUGUAACGAUAAGGACAAGGAAAAAGUUCUUCCAAUCACCAUCCAUGGAGAUGCUUCUAUAGCAGGACAAGGGAUCGCAUAUGAAACAUUACAAAUGUCAAAAUUACCCAGUUACUCUGUUGGAGGGACUAUACACAUUGUGGUGAAUAAUCAAAUUGGGUUCACCACCUAUCCGGUAGAUGCAAGGUCAGGCAAAUAUUGUACAGACAUCGCCAAAUGUAUUGACAUCCCCAUUAUACAUGUGAAUGCAGAUGACCCAGAAGCAGUCACCUACGUUUUUGAAUUAGCAUUAGACAUAAGAAAUACAUUUCACGUCGACACCAUUAUUGACCUUGUGGGGUACAGGAGGUUUGGUCACAACGAACUAGACAUGCCUAAAUUUACAAACCCUUUGCUGUAUGACAUCAUUACGAGACAUGAAUCUGUUUUAGACCUGUAUAGUAGAAAGUUAAUUCGUGAGGGAGUAACUAGUGUGGAAGAAUUUGAACUAAACAAGACGAAUAUUUACAACUUGUAUGAAGAAGUGUAUGAACAUUCAAAAUCCUUUGUCCCGACCCCAAAGGAGAAAUAUUUACCACAAUGGGAGCAUAUGGUGACGCCGCAAAAAUUUUCUCCUUCCAGGAAAACAGGAGUAGAAAAAAAAGUCCUUCUUGACCUGGGCAAACAAAUAUUUACAAUAAGAGAAAAUUUUCAUGCACAUCCCAUCAUCACCAAACUGUUUAAGGGACGCAUAGAAAGUUUGAACACAGGAAAGAAUAUCGAUUUUGGAACAGCGGAACUGUUGGCUUAUGCAAGUUUAUUGUCAGAUGGGUUCCAUGCUAGAUUGUCAGGACAAGACUCACAAAGAGGAACCUUUUCACACAGACAUGCUGUCCUGCAUGACCAGAUUACUUACGAAUCUUAUAACAUAUUUGAUUCGUUGAAGACGCCACACAGUAUAGAAGUAAAUAAUUCUUUACUCUCGGAAUAUGCAGCCUUAGGGUUCGAAAUAGGAUACAGUUAUGAACACCCAGAUGCGCUGGUCGUGUGGGAAGCACAGUUUGGUGAUUUUGCCAAUGGGGCUCAAGUGAUGAUUGACAAUUAUAUCGCUUCUGGUGAAACAAAAUGGAAUAAGCAAUCGGGUAUUGUUAUGUUUUUACCUCAUGGGUACGAUGGGCAGGGUCCUGAACAUUCCUCUGCUCGAAUUGAGCGCUUUCUACAACUCUGUGAUGACAGGGAGGAUAUCGCUACCUACUCUGUCGAGAAAGACAAAACAAUUAUUCAGCAACAUAACAUGCAGGUAAUUAAUUGCACCAAGCCAUCCAAUCUGUUUCAUGCACUGAGGAGACAGAUGCAUAGGUCGUUCAGGAAACCCCUCAUCGCGAUCACUGCAAAAAAAAUGCUGAAAAUGAGAAUGGCAUUUGAUGUUAUUGAAAAUUUUGUCACAUCUACAGAAUUCCUUCCAUAUUUACCUGAACAGCAAGCUCAUAAAAUAAACGAUAAGGAUGACAUUAAGCGAAUCAUCCUGUGCUCUGGGCAGGUCUAUUAUGACCUGUUGAAUUAUAGGGAGGCCAAUGAGAUUAAGAAUGUUGCUAUUGCUACUAUUGAGCAGCUAUCUCCUUUUCCUUUUAAACAAUUCAUGCAGGAUUUACAGACGUAUCCUAACUUGCGAGAUGUAAUUUGGGUUCAGGAAGAACACAUGAAUAUGGGUCCGUGGUUUUAUGUUUCUCGCCGUAUUGAGGCAGCCAUUCAGCAGCUGAAAAGGGAUAACCCGCAAUGGGACAUCGCCAUACCGCAGGUUUUCUACUCGGGCAGGGAUGUGUACGCUGCGCAGUCUGCAGGAGACCUCAACCUGCACCUCUACCAGCUGGAGGAGUUCUUGGUCGACGCGUUCAACCUGACAAAGACGCACCACAUGCACGCGCAUAAGUAUGCUGCGGUGGCCAACUGA